CUCUGUCUCUCUCUCUCUCUCUCUCUCUGUCUCUGUUACCAGCGAAAGCGAACCAUCCGAACCGAGACUAGGAGAGCCGAAGGCUUCCUUCCUUCUUUUUCUUCUCCUGUCUUCUUCUUCUUCUUCUUCCUCUUCCUGUUUCUUCCACGCUUUGUCCAGGGCUUUGGCCAUUAAUUCGUCCUAUUCGGUUCCCGUCGUCUCUUCGCUGUCUCCUUUCUUUUGUUUAUAGUGGAUCCUCCGGCCCCUACAGGAAAGGUGCCUCCUUGCUUCCCGAGUGGAGAUCCGGGACCUCGAUCCUGAUCUCAAGUGUGGCUGAAGCCGCGAAUCCUUACUUGGCUUUCGUUUCUCCGUCCCUAAAGGCGCCUCCUUUUUGGUUUAGGAGCUGGAGCACUGACAAUUUUGGUCCGGAAUUAGUUUACCCGGGAGUUUGCUUCUUGGCGUAGUGUGGCGUUCUUGUGAUCGUCUUGUGAUUCCUGAGGUGGGGAUUUGGGAUUUUGAUCGGUGAUGCCGGUGCCGGCGGUCGCUCUUUCUGCGAUCGCACCUGGCGGCGUUUGCUUCAGCUCUCGCUCGACGAGCCAUGGUAGCUCGCUGGACUACGAACAGAAUGCCAGAUUCUCCUCAUGCAGCAGCCCUGCCGUGUCCUCCUCCUCGACCUGCAGCCGGAAGCAGAUGCAGGGUGGCCUCUCGUGUCUGUUCUCCUCGUCGCCGUCGGCUCGCCUCGCGCCCACCACUGCCUCCACGAGCUUGAACGACGAGCACUCUUCUCUAUGCCACGAUAAUGAGCUCGGGAGCUCCUAUUCCUACUCCCCCUGUUCGUCCUCCUUCAAAUGUAGAGAGCACAGCCCCGUUAGCGUGUUUCAGAGCUUGGCCUCGUGUUCUUCCAGGAGCUCUCCUUUGUUGAGGAUUCCUCGGGACUCGAAUAGGGUGGUCGAUUUGAGGGCAGGAUUCCAGGAGGACAGGAAGAGAGAGCCCUCCCGGAAGAGAGAAGUUCUUCCAGGAGCUCUCGGCUCAUACUUGAAUUAUGAUUCCCCUUGCCUUCCAGUUUCAGGGGGUGUUGGCAGUGUAAAUGCAGAGGAUCUACCUUUUGAUUUCGAAGAGAGCUUGGGCGAGCUGGGAACCAGUGUGGAGCCGUAUGCGAAUGAACUACUCGCUGGAGCCCAAUCGAGGCAUAAGAUAUUCACCGACGAGUUCGUCGUAAAGGCGUUCUACGAAGCAGACAAAGCUCACAAAGGCCAGAUGAGGGUGAGCGGCGAUCCUUACUUGCAGCACUGUGUGGAGACGGCAGUCCUACUUGCAAAGAUCGGUGCUAAUGCUACAGUUGUUGCUGCAGGGCUCUUGCAUGAUACGGUUGAUGAUUCUUUUAUGACUCAUGAUUAUAUACUUCGAGAGUUUGGGGCUGGCAUAGCUGAUCUUGUCGAAGGGGUCUCAAAGUUAAGCCACUUGAGUAAACUUGCUCGUCUGAACAACACGGCGAAUCGAACUGUUGAAGCUGAAAGACUACAGACAAUGUUCCUUGCAAUGACGGAUGCUAGGGCAGUUCUUAUAAAGCUGGCUGAUAGAUUACACAACAUGAUGACAUUGGAUGCUUUGCCAAUGGUUAAACAACAGAGAUUUGCAAAGGAAACAUUGGUGAUUUUUGUGCCCUUGGCCAACAGGUUGGGAAUCUCAAGUUGGAAGGAGCAACUUGAAAAUUUGUGCUUCAAGCAUCUAUAUCCAGAGCAGUACAAAAAGUUAUCACUCAAACUUCUCAAGUCCUUUGAUGAAGCCAUGAUUUCAUCUGCCAUAAAAACACUAGAGAAAGCCCUGAAGGAUAGAGGCAUUUCUUAUCAAUUUCUGUCAGGGAGAUGCAAGAGUUUGUACGGUAUUUACUCCAAAAUGCUAAAGAAGAAUCAAACGAUGGAUGAGAUUCAUGACAAACAUGGGCUACGUCUGAUAGUCGAGAAUGAGGAAGAUUGUUAUACAGCUUUAGGUAUUGUACAUGACUUGUGGCCUGAAGCUCCGGGGAGUUUCAAAGACUACAUAGCGCAUCCCAAGCACAAUGGGUACCAAUCUCUUCACACUGUUGUUCUAAGUCAAGACACGUGUCCUUUGGAGGUUCAGAUUCGAACUAAAGCAAUGCAUCUGCAGGCAGAAUUUGGAAUUGCUGCCCACUGGAGAUACAAGGAAGGUGAUCAUCAGCAUUCUUCGUUUGUUCUUCAAAUAGUAGAAUGGGCUAGAUGGGUUGUGUCGUGGCAAUGUGAGGCUUUGAACAUAGACCGUCCGUCGUCAUUCGGUGAUGAUGAUUCAAUCAGGCCUCCAUGCCCAUUUCCUUCUCACUCUGAUAGCUGUCCCUACUUCUACAGUCAACAAUGUGACUAUACCGGACCCAUUUUCAUCAUCAUACUCGAAAAUGAGAAGAUGACCAUACAGGAGUUGCCAACAGAUUCAACUGUGAUGGAUCUCCUGGAGAGAGUUGGGCGAGGGAGUGCUCGGUGUCCUGGGUAUGGCUUCACAGUGAAAGAAGAGCUGAGGCCAAGGUUGAACAAUCAGCCCAUCAAUGACCCUAACCAGAAGCUGCGGAUGGGCGAUCUGGUGGAGCUAACGCCAGCCAUUUCAGACAGAUCAUUGACGGAGUAUAGGGAGGAAAUGCAGCGCAUGUAUGACCAAGACUGACUGUUUCCGUCAGGGCAACCGGAGAAGCUGAUCUGUCUCUGUACUAACAGUAGCCAUUCUUCUCAGAAAAAAAUACAAAAAAAAAAACAAAAAACACUUGCCGCCAUACUCCUUUCGGAUCAGGGAAAAUGUAGUGUAUCAUUCAUUUGCUGACUCAGGCUAACCAAGCAGAAUAAGCUAAUCCAUAUCUGUAGUUAUUGGUGUGUAUAGGAAAGUUUGUUCACAGACCAUUGUGAGCAGGAGCUUAGAUCCAAUUGUAACCGGAAAAAAAGAUGGGCUCCUCGAUGAUCUUGUACAUUGUAACUAGUUCACAGACAGGAAAAACAAAUGUGAAAAAGGAAAAGAAAUCUCCUUUUGCAGCAUGUCUGCAUGACUUUAA